UGGGGUAAUCACACAGCCCACGAUGGAGUCUGUCCUCCGGUGAAGAACACCAGCUGGACUUUGCUUGACUUUUUGGAUCACGUGGACCGCGGUGGUGGUUUUUGUGGAGGUUGCACUUAUUCCCCCGCUAUAGUCCGAUCGUCUGUUGUUGCAGCGGGAGGAGGAGAGGCCGUGCACGGUGCGUCCUUCCACGGCGUGUGCUUGUGGAGCUGCGACUUUGGGUUUGCGGUCCUGCGGGGCGGAGGAUGAGAGCUUGGAGCUGUGCCCCUUAUUUUUAGGCUUUCUCCGUCCCCCAGAUGACAGCUGAUGAGCCAGGCGAUGGAGAACAAGGCCAUGUACUUGAGUACGUACGAGGAACGGGAAAACGUGUCCAUGUACGAAGACGGCUUUGAAGGACAUAACUUGUCCAAGCUCAACCUGUGCGAUGAAGGUUCUGGAAAACGGCGCAGGAAACAGGAUCAGUGUUGCGCUCAGUUCACCUCUUUGGCGGCCAUAAAGUACGCCAUCGUGUCUCUCUACGUACUCGUGCUGCUCACCAUCUUCGGGCUGUGCCUGGCAGUGUCUCGCUCCCAGGCAUGGUCGCAACGGCAGCAGGUGCUGAUGGAGAACGUCACACACAUGUCGGAGAACUCCCGGCUGCUCCAGCAGACGCUGGGCGAGACUUCCGAUCGGGCUGACUUCUUGGAGAACAUCUGGAAGCUGGAGAAUCUCUUCCAGAACCACAGCGACUGGCUGCAGAAGCUAGAGAUUCUCAUCAAGAGCCUUGAGGUGGAGCUGAGAACCAUGCAAGCUCACUCCCUGCAGUCCGAAGGCUACCUGGUGCAUCUAGAUGAACGGCUGUCAUCGUUUAGCAGCUCCACCGGCAGGAACCUGACUGGUCUGAUUGCCGAGGUGGCGCGCACCUCCACCUGGCUCCAUGACCAUAACCUGCUGCUCAUGGAGACUUCAGGUCAGGUGACCGGGCUAAGGGACAAGCUGGAGGAGGUCAACUGGACGGUGGGAGCUGUCAAUCACACCGUCAGCAAUGACAUCAAUAUUCACCAUUUGAAAAUACACGAUCUGCAGAUUCAGAUCAGCAACAUCACGGAGGACACAUCCAGUCUGUGGGUGACCCACUUCCACACGGAGGCGCAACUUAGAAACGAAAUGGAGCUCUUGAACACCCUCACCGAGGACCUGCGUCUCAGAGACUGGGAGCGCUCCUUGGCUCUGAAAAACAUCAGCUUCAUAGAAGGACCUCCAGGACCAAAAGGAGAGAAGGGUGACACUGGGCCACUGGGGCACACCGGCUCCCCUGGAUUAACCGGUUUAAGAGGGUUUUCUGGAGAAAAGGGCAUCCAGGGACUUCGCGGUAUCAAAGGAUCCAGUGGUGACGAUGGCCGUCAAGGAGAAAAGGGCGAUAUCGGACCCGUCGGUCCAAAAGGGGAACGAGGAGAACGAGGGAUGAAAGGAGACAAGGGUGACAGAGGAGAAAAAACGGUGGAAGACACCCUGGUACGACUGGUGAAUGGGUCGGGUCCCCACGAGGGCCGUGUGGAGGUCUUCCACGAGCGGCGCUGGGGGACGGUGUGCGAUGAUGUGUGGGACAAGAAGGAUGGCGACGUCGUGUGCAGGAUGUUGGGAUACCGAGGGGCCACCGAGGUCCACAGGACGGGACGCUUCGGACAAGGCAGCGGUCUAAUCUGGAUGGACGACGUAGCGUGCAACGGCUCUGAGGCCGCUAUCCAUCAGUGCAAGUUCUCCGGUUGGGGCAAAACCAACUGCGGCCAUGUGGAAGACGCUGGCGUCACAUGCCUCCGCUAACGAAACUUGAAAUCCCUUACAACCGAUCCAUUCCUUUGGUCCUUGGUCCUGGACAUGUUGUCGUAGUUGUUGCUGUUGACCCGUGGCAAGUGGACCCGUUUUGGUUGACAAGAUGGAGAUAGAGACUUUCAAAUGAGAGACCUAUCUUGGAAACGAACCUCUAUUUUGGCAUAGCCGAUGCCACACACACAAAACUUCUGAUCUUCUGGUCAGCACAAUUUUGUGCUU